UCUGUCUGUCUGUCUGUCUGUCUGUCUGUCUGUGUGUGUGUUCAGGCUCGAGUGGCUCGUAUUCAGCAGAUAGAAAAGGACAUCCUGAGACUCGGAGCACGGCCGCAGGUGGAGGAAGGUCAGGGAGCGAGCGACAGCAGCGGAUUGGCCGGAUCUCAGAGCUCCAGCAGCCGGUCGGACCACGAGCCAGCCAAUGAGGCUGGCUACUCUGUGCCUCGACGAAUCACAAGCCACCUGGGGACCAAGGUAGAGAUGGUGUACAGUCUUCUGUCCAUGUUGGGGACUCACGAUAAAGACGACAUGUCGCGGACGCUACUUGCCAUGUCGAGCUCACAGGACUCGUGCAUCGCCAUGCGUCAGUCCGGCUGUCUGCCGCUGCUCAUCCAGCUGCUCCACGGCAACGACAAGGACUCCCUGUUGCUAGGUAACUCCCGGGGCAGUAAAGAGGCUCGUGCGCGGGCGUCUGCGGCGCUGCACAACAUCGUCCACAGUCAGCCGGACGAUAAGCGCGGACGGCGGGAGAUCAGAGUCCUCCACCUGCUGGAGCAGGUGAGACAUUACUGUGAGGAGAGCUGGAGCUGGCAGGAGAACCACGAGAGGGGGACGGACCAGGAGGACAACCCCAUGCCAUCUCCAGUGGAGCAUCAGAUCUGUCCGGCCGUCUGCGUCCUCAUGAAACUUUCCUUUGAUGAGGAACAUCGUCACGCCAUGAAUGAACUCGGCGGGCUGCAGGCGGUGGCUGAGCUGCUGCAGGUCGACUGUGAGAUGUUCGGCCUGAGCAGCGAUCACUACAGCGUGACGCUGCGCAGAUACUCCGGCAUGGCCCUCACCAACCUCACCUUCGGAGACGUAGCCAAUAAGGCCACGCUGUGCUCCAUGAAGGGCUGCAUGAGAGCGAUGGUUGCUCAGCUGAAGUCGGACAGUGAAGACCUGCAGCAGGUGAUAGCGAGUGUGUUGAGGAACUUGUCGUGGCGUGCAGAUGUCAACAGUAAGAAGACGCUGCGGGAGGUGGGCAGCGUGCGGGCGCUCUCGGGCUGUGCUCUCGAGGUCCAGAAGGAGUCGACUCUGAAGUCGGUCCUGAGCGCGCUCUGGAACCUGUCGGCUCACUGCACAGAGAACAAGGCGGAUAUCUGCGUGGUGGACGGCGCUCUGGCCUUCCUGGUGGGAACGCUGACGCACCGCAGCCACACCAACACGCUCGCCAUCAUCGAGAGCGGGGGCGGCAUCCUGCGCAACGUCUCCAGCCUCAUUGCCACCAACGAGGCUCACAGGCAGAUCCUGCGUGAGCACGGCUGCCUGCCGACGCUUCUACAGCACCUGAAGUCUCACAGUCUGACCAUCGUGUCCAACGCCUGCGGCACGCUCUGGAAUCUGUCCGCCAGAGACGCCAGAGACCAGGAGGCAUUAUGGGAGCUGGGCGCUGUGGGCAUGCUGAGGAACCUCAUCCACUCCCGGCACAAGAUGAUUGCCAUGGGCAGCGCCGCAGCCCUCAGGAACCUGAUGGCAAACCGGCCAGCACGCUACAAGGACGCCAGCGUAGUGUCGCCAGGUGCCGGUGCCCCCUCCCUGCACGCCCGUAAACAGAAGGCGCUGUUCGAGGAGCUGGAUGCUCAGCAGCUGUCCGAGACCUUCGACAACAUUGACAACCUGAGCCCCAAGGCGGCGCACAGGAAGGGGCGCGGCUGCAGCACCGCUGGAGGAGGGGCUGCAACGCGAUCUUACACCAACACGCCCGUGCUGUCAAGCCCAAAGCACGCAGAUGGACCGAAGAGGAGCGAGGAGGCGUCUUACGCCCGGCCCGUGUUCUCGCCCAGCGUGCGAGCAUCCAGUGACAGCCUCAACAGCGUGACUAGCGCCGACGGAUAUGGAAACCGAGGCAAGACCAAACCGUCCGUGGAGCCGCUUUACUCGUCCGACGAGAGCGCCGCCAACAAGUGCUGUGUGUACAGAAAGUACCCGGCCGACUUGGCGCACAAGAUCCGCAGCGCCAACCACAUGGCAGACGAUGACGGGGGCGAGCUGGACACGCCGAUCAACUAUAGCCUGAAGUACUCGGACGAGCAGCUGAACUCGGGGCGGCAGAGCCCGAACCGCCGCGGCAGCAUGGAGAGCGACGAGGACGAGCUGGGCGCCCAGAGAAGGAGAAAUGAUGGAGACACUGGGGCGCCUGGCGGCCGCAUGGCUUCCGGCCCACAGCCGCGCUACAUUGUCGCCACGACAACAUCCAACUAUGGCAGCGACUCAUGCGUCGAGCAGCCGAUCGACUACAGCCUGAAGUACGGCACUGAAGCCGCCCGCAAAGAGGCGGCCACGCCCGCCGCCCCACCUCCUCCGCCGCCCUCGGCCAACAAGCUACGCGUCCCGGCCGCCCCGGCCAAUCGCACGGUGGAGUCCACGCAGACGUACUGCGUGGAAGACACGCCCAUCUGCUUUUCCAGAGGCUCCUCGCUGUCCUCGCUGUCCUCUGAGGACGAGGAGGACGGCGAUGUUGUUGGCAGGAAGCGGAGAGGCGGCAGUGGCGGCGGGAACAACUACCCAACGCUUCCUGUCAGCGAGAAAGACGCUCAGGAACAGCAGAGGCAGCAGAAAGAGGCAGAGAGCCAGACGGCUGCCGCCGCCGCUGCCGCUCCGUCAUCACGGGGGCGACGAGGUCACCACCACCAUCACAGCCACGCCCACCACCACCAUGUGACAUCAUCGUCAGGUGCCCGGACGCCAAAGAGUCCGCCGGAGCCGCCGUACGCCCAGGAGACGCCGCUGAUGUUCAGUCGCUGCACGUCCGUCAGCUCGCUGGACAGCUUCUCCACCUCGUCCAUUGCCAGCUCCGUGCGCUCCAGCGAGCCCGGCAGCGGCGUGCCAAGUGGCGUGGUCAGCCCCAGCGACCUGCCCGACAGUCCGGGGCAGACCAUGCCGCCGAGCCGCGCCAAGACGCCGCCGCCGCCGCCAGAGCAGAAUGCAGCAGAGGAGGAGAAGAAGAAGACAGAGGAGCAGGAGGAGAGCAGCGCUGACGUGCUGCUGUACUUCGCCACGGAGAGCACGCCACACGGCUUCUCCCGCGCCUCGAGUCUGAGCGCGCUCAGUCUGGACGAGCCUUACAUCGCCGCGGAGAUGAAGGAGUCUACAGAGGCCGAGAGGAAGGAAGAGCCGGCAAAGCCGAUCCUCGACGAGUCAGACGACGAUGACGACAUUGAGAUCCUGGAGGCGUGCAUCAACAUGGCCAUGCCCAAGUCCUCACGGAAACCAAAGAAACAGCAGCAGGCUGCGCCGAGGAAACACAGCCAGCUUCCUGUUUACAAACUCCUCCCCCCUCACAGCCGAUCCCAAUCACAGCAGAGAAAGGAGCCGCCGCCAGAGGAGGUGCCAAAAGUUUACUGUGUGGAGGGAACGCCGCUCAACUUCUCCACCGCCACCUCGCUCAGUGACCUCACCAUCGACUCGCCGCCUAAUGAGGAGGCAGCGACCGCUGCCGUGACCUCCGCCCCGCCCACUUCCAGCCAGAGGAGGACGGUGGGGCUUCUUGAGGGCGACAAUGGUGAUGACAUCCUGGCGGAGUGCAUCAGUGCUGCCAUGCCCAAAGCCAAACCCAGAAAAUACCAAGCCCCGCCCCACCCCCCUCCACUCCCUCCCCCUCUCAGCCUGCAGCAGGUGCAGAAGAAGAAGCCCACGUCGCCGGUGAAGCCGAUGCCACAGCGAGCGGCAUACGGCGUCCCCACGACAACAGCUGCCAAAGCUAAACCAGGGUUUGCCUUUGACUCGCCGCACCACUACACGCCCAUCGAGGGCACACCAUGCUGUUUCUCCCGUAACGACUCGCUGAGCUCGCUUGACUUCGAUGAAGAUGAGUGCGCCGAGAAAGACGAAGGCAAGAAAAGCAAAGAAGAUGAAGGCAGGAAGAGGAAGCAGCAGACGGCAGCAGUUUUCCCUCGACCCAAAGCGGCGAGCAACCCCCCGGUGGUGGACGAGCAGCAGAAGUUCUCCAUUGAGGACACGCCUGUCUGCUUCUCCAGGAACUCAUCGCUCAGCUCGCUGAGCGACAUUGACCAGGAGAACAACAACAAGCCGCCGCCGGAGCAAGAUGGAGGCAAAGCAGGAAGCAAUUCUCCGCCUCCACAGGAGGAGCUGAAGCCCCGCCACCCUGCGGCCAGUGGCUAUGCCCCCAAAGCCUUCCACGUGGAGGACACGCCCGUCUGCUUCUCCAGGAACUCGUCGCUCAGCUCGCUGAGCAUUGACUCGGAGGAUGACCUGCUGCAGGAGUGCAUCAGCUCCGCCAUGCCCAAGAAGAAGAAGAAAAACGCCGCCGCCCCCCUUGAUGCGCCACUCACCCUCCCCAAAGAUGAAGACGGCAUUCUUGCCGAAGAGGAGCCUUCGGAGGUGCCCAGAAGCCCCGCCUCUCCCGACUCUGAGUCAUUUGAUUGGAAGGCGAUCCAGGAGGGCGCCAACUCCAUUGUCAGCAGCCUGAACGCCGCCGCCGCCGCCUCAUUGUCUCGCCAGCAGUCAUCAGACUCUGACUCUGUCCUGUCCCUGAAGUCUGUGGGCUCGCCGUUCCGCCUGCCAGCAACCAAUCACAGCACAGAAGAGGCGGAGGAGCAGCAGGAGAAGGAGGACGCGGCAAAGCGUGGGGCGAGGAUUCUGAAGGCCGGCGAGCGCAGCACGCUGGAGGCCAAGAAGAAGAAGGAGGCGGAGUUGGAGGAGGAGGAGGCAAAGGCGCUGAGAGGCGGGAAGAAGGUUUACCGCAGCCUGAUCACGGGGAAGCCGAGGGGGGAGCCCGCAGCCAGGGGGCGGAGCAAACCCCGAGCGGCCGGUGCAGGAAGCAGCGACCCCACCGACAGAGGAGGCGGUACCUCUCGAGAUACCACACCGUCUCGCGCCUCCACAGCAGCCAAUCAGAAGGGUGGGAAGGUGCUGCAGACGCCGCGGACGGCAUCUCCAGGAAGUGCAUCAUCGUCAUCUUCAUCGGCCUCCAGACCGACCAAACCGAGCGCACAGGCGAGGAGCAGCGGCGGCAUCCCACACAGUGAGUCGGCACCAAGGGUCGCUAUCUCCACGGCAACCAAGAAGCAGAAGGCGGAGCCAGAGAAGCAGAAGGCGGAGCUAGAGAAGCAGAAGGCAGAGCCAGAGAAGCAGAAGGCGGAGCCAGAGAAGCCUGCGCUCGUCCGUCAGUCGACCUUCAUUAAAGAAGCUCCGAGCCCAACGCUGAAGAGGAAGCUGGAGGAGUCCGCCAGCGCCGACAGGAGACACGACGCCAACCGCUCACACUCUGAGAGCCCGUCACGCGCACAGGAAGCGACAUCUUCACGUUUCAGCCGCACUGGCACAUGGAAGCGGGAAAACGGGUGUGGGGCCCCUGGAGUGGGGAGCGGGAAACACUCUACUUCGUUACCACGCGUUGGGACGUGGAAGAGGACAGGAAGCUCGUCGUCAGUGCUGUCGGCGUCCUCGGAAUCGAGUGAGAAGGGGCGGGGCGAGGGGGGGCGGAGCGAGGAGGACGGCGCUGCCAGGGCAAAGGGAACGUGGAGGAAGAAGAGCAGCGGCAGCGAGUCGUCGGCCGGACGAGCCGAGGACGUGUGGGUCCGUCUGGAGGAUUGUCCCGUUAACAACCCGCGCUCCUCGUCAUCCUGCUCUGCCCGCUCGCCCACCGCCAACGCCCCGCCUGUCAUCGACAUCCCCGCCUCCUCCAACCUCAACCUGCGGCGGAGCUGCGAGAGCCUCGACGACAAGCCGGCGCCGCCCGAACGGCAACAACAUCAACAGCGCGGGCCGCAGCGCAGCGGCGCCGUGGCUGCGCGGGUCAGCCCGUUCAACUACACGCCCAGCCCCAGGAAGACCAACGCCGAUGUUGUCAUCAGCACCACGACAUCAUCGUCAUCCACAACGCCUACGCGCCCGUCACUCAUCCCCACCCCCGUCACCAAGAAACGAGAGCCAAAGGGUGGUGAGGGCGCCGGCGGCGCCAGCGGCGAGCGCGGCUCGUACAUCGUGACAUCAGUGUGAAAAGGAACAAAAUGGCCCAGUGGUGAUAGGAAGUGUAAAUAUGGAGGCAGGAAGUGUGUCUGAACUGAACAGGAAGUGACUAGCCCUGCCCCCUCACCUCCCUCCUCUUCCCUCAUUGGCGCUUCUCACCUGUCAUUCAGGUUCUGUAUUCAAUGAGAGAAAACUUUAAUGAACUUUUUAUGUUUUUAUACCACUAAAAUGAUGCGUAGCGCUUAGGUCUGACCCUUUCUGCCUGUGUUCCUGCAUGGCCCCGCCCCCUGAAGAUCAAUGUUGGAGCACAUUCUGCUCUGUCGGAAGUUUUCAUGUUUUUUUUUUAAUGGAGUUUGGUUCUGAAUAACGUUACACGGUUAGGGUUCCCCUUCACAUUAUUAGGGUUGGGGUUCCCCUUCACAUUAGGGUUAAGGGUUCCCCUUCACAUUAUUAGGGUUAGGGUUCCCCUUCACAUUAUUAGGGUUAGGGUUCCCCUUCACAUUAUUAGGGUUAAGGGUUCCCCUUCACAUUAUUAGGGUUAGGGUUCCCCUUCACAUUAGGGUUAAGGGUUCCCUUUUACAUUAUUAGGGUUGGGGUCCCCUUCACAGUAUAAGGGUUACCCCUAGUAACGUGAAGACAUGUAAGGGUACCCUUACCCUUACAACUCUAACCCUAAUAAUGUGAAGACAUGUUAGGAUACCCUAACUCAAACAUGUCUUCUCUACUCCAAAUAAUCCAAAAUGUUUUUGUUUUGAUUCUCAAGAAAUAAUUUUAAUUUUAAUUUUAUUGACAUGAUCAUCAGUUUUUCAGAACCUCACUUGUUUAUUCAAGAGAGGGAAGCUUGCUGCUGGCUGACUGAUCCGAACCAAUCUGAGAAAAGCUUUCUUCCAGCUGACUGAUCUGAACCAAUCAGAGAGAAGCUUGCUGCCAGCUGACUGAUCUGAACCAAUCAGAGAUGAAAGCCUUGUAUGUGAGGAACAGUUUGAGUCCAUUCUUGAAAUUUUAAGACUUUGGACGAGAAAUUGUCAGUUGGCUGAAAACUUUCUGCUCUGUAUCGCCUUGGAAACAAAUAACACUGUAAAACGUGAGUUAUUGCUGUAAAACCUUAAAACCUUUUAACUUUGAAGCACAUAAUUUAAAAC